AUGUCCCUGCACAUCAUCAUCAUGGUGUGCCGUGACGUAUGCUGUGUCUCGGUGUUGAUAUUCCCAAACAAAACGGAUACCAAAUACGCCAAACUUCUUGGCGUUCUGCCCUCGCUGUCAGCUAUCACAGUCUGUGCAAACAUUCAGUGCGAUGACCAGGCAAACGCCAUUGCUACCGUGUUCUCCUACGCUGUGCCGACAUUCAUGAACGAAUUUCAGCUGAGAGCUCGCAUCAAUGACACCGGAUUCAUCCAGCUGGCGCUGAUAGUACACGGACACCACACACCUUACCAGACGGUGUUAAGGAACGACGGACAGUGGCACCACAUUUGCGUGACGUGGCGAACAGAGGAAGGCGCUUGGUCUUUCUAUGCCGACGGACACAUUGUGAGCUCUGGACAGAGAUACUACAGCUUUCAGGUCCUCGCUGGGAAUGGAGUGUUUAUUAUUGGCCAGGAUCAAGAUUCGCUGGGAGGUACCUUCAAACAAAGCGAGGCUUUCAGCGGCAACAUCACGGGCCUGAAUAUCUGGUCAGGGGUCCUGGACAGGAGUCAGAUCGCAGCCGCCAGUGGGUGCUCCCUCCCACACCAGCGCCUCAUCUACCAGUGGAGCCUGUCCAAUUUGGAGAUUGAACACACGGUGGAAAUAAACAAAGCUCAAGUGAAUUGUUCAGUCACCAGUGCUAGCUCAGCAGAAUGCCAGAUCUUUGACGCUGUCUCUGGAGCUAGAAGUAAGCACGACUGUGAGGUUCCUCUCCCUUUCCUCUGUCAGUUCAACAAAGAUAUAUAUCGGAAAUUGAAGGAGUUUGAGUCAGAGCCAACGAGCUUAUUCAAGAGUAAAUUGAACAACUUUUCCAGUAAUGUCACCAUUACUGACUACACGUCACUGAGCGGCGUCAAACUUGUACGCAAUGUUUCUGAAGCGGCCGCGGUGAUGAAGGCAGUGCAACACGUCCUGAGUACAGAGAACGCCACUUUGCCAGCGGCUGACCUGCUAAAUGUCAUCAGCUUGUUGCAGAACGUUGCCGGCAUGGAGGUGGGGACAAGUGAUGCCAGGAAUGUUCUGGAAGACAUCAGCCAAAGCUUCCUAGAUGUGGCUGGUGAGGUUCUUGAUCAGAGCAAUGCAGAAAGCUGGAGCAAAAUCAGUGAGAUUGUUCGGGGACCAAUGACUGUGGUCUACGGAGUUGACAGAAUGGUGGAAAAUCUGAACAAGGUGUUGGAUGUUGGCCAGAAGGACAUCGUCAUUCGGAAUAAAAACAUCCAACUUGAAAUCAGACAAAAGUUGCUCCACAAUUUUACAAAUGACUUUGACGUUUAUAUGGGUGAUGGGAUCAACAAAUCAUCUGAUCAAAUUGGACUUUCGAAGCAAGCAAUUGCAAAGCUUCAAGGAGAAGGUUUGACAACAGCUACAUUUGUGAACACCUGGUAUCGAAGCCUUCCCAACUUGCAGGGAAAUAACCCAUUGGCCACAGGUGGUUUGGUGGAAACAGCAUUUGAUGAAGGAUUUAAACACAUUGGUACGCAGGUGGCCUCUGCAGUUAUCUCAUCCACAGUGUACCGGGGACGUCAGGAAGUCAGUGCCCCAACACACUACAGACUGCUCCACCGUAUAAGGACGGAUCCUUCGCUAAGCGUUGAUUCUCUCUGCGCCUUCUGGGACUUCAGCCUUAAGCCCGAGAGUGGAGGGAGCUGGUCCACAAAUGGCUGCAGCAUCGUCGAGUCUGACCAGUGGUCUACUGCCUGCUUCUGUAACCACACCACCAACUUCGCUUUGCUUUUCCAGCUUUACGAAACCAAGCGAAGUCCUGAUGAGGAAGCUGUGCUGAUGAAGUUAACUCUGAUUGGCUGUUCUGUGUCUCUCUGUGCUAUGGUGACCACUCUGAUUACGUACUCGGUGCUGGGGGUUCCAAAGUCAGACCGAACCACAGUCCACAAAAAUCUCAUCAGUGCUCUCAUCGCAGCUCAAGCCUUGUUACUGACGAGUGAAUCGGCAAGGGCACAUCGGGCGGCGUGCUGGGUGGUGACAGUUCUCCUUCACCUGUUCUUCAUGGCAGCCUUCAGCUGGAUGCUGGUGGAAGGGAUCCUCCUCUGGAGCAAGGUGGUCACCGUCAACUUUAGCGAAGACAAGAGGGUCAAGUACUACUACCUGAUUGGCUGGGGAUUCCCAGUUUUAAUUGUGGUCAUCACCAUAGCAACUACAGGUGACGGAUACAUGGCGGACAGUCAUUGCUGGCUAAACAUAGAGAGCAACGUCAUCUGGGCCUUUGUUGGGCCCGUGCUCUUUACUCUGACCGUUAACACAUUCGUCCUGUGCCGGGUUGUUGUGAUUACAGUCGCGAGUUUCAGGCGCCGCUCCACAAUGUUGGUACCAGGGGCCAGUCUGCCUCAUCGGCUUUACAUCCAGAUGUGGGUGGCCAUCAAGCCCGUGAUGAUACUCUUGCCAGUGUUGGGUCUGACCUGGUUUUGCGGCGUUUUGGUCCAUCUCAAUAUUGCCCUCGGUUAUGUCUUUGUGGUACUUAAUUCCUUCCAGGGACUCGAACUGUUUUUGCAGUUCUGUAUCUAUUCUUCUGCUGUCAGAUGCUAG